AUGGAGCAAAACACCGCACUCCCGCCAUUCGAUCCCUACCUCAGAGGCCCGCUUGAGCAACUUCCUGCAUCACUCACUGUUGCCCUGUCAAUCUCGCAUAACACUAUUUCACCUAUCUCAUCACUCUCUGUUUACCCAUCACUAGCACACAUUGCACCACUACACAGAUCGCACUCUGGCACUAUCACAUCUCGCGCACCCUUCUCCGCGACUUCGCUAGCAAACAAUUUCAGGCCCAGUUAA